AUGAGCGCCUGCAAGCCAGAUUCUGGUGUUGGCUAUGGCGAGUUACCUGAAGUAAGGCUGCUCGGCUGGCGUCUGCAGGGCGAUACUGGAUUUACCUUGUGUGCUCCUUUUCAAAGGUCUCAGCAUCCCCAUGCUACCUCCUGCCGGCACUUCCACCUGGGUCCCCAGCCUCAGCUAUCCGCCGACUUCACCCUGCCUCACGCGGUGCAGCCCCAGCCGGGGCUGACCCCCCACAUGGCACCCGCGCACCAGCACAGCGGUCCCCUGCACCAGCCCCUGGCGCCGGUGCCAGCCCUGCCCUUCCAGGAUGUGGCCGGACCCUCCUUCCUACCUCAGGCGCUUCACCAGCAAUACCUCCUCCAGCAGCAGCUCCUCGAGGCACAGCACCGCCGGCUCAUGCCCCAUCCCAGGCGGGCUCAAGAGCGCAUGUCUGUUCAGCCUCACCGUCUGCACCCCAGCUUUGACUUCAGCCACCAACUGCAAACUCCACAACCCAUGGGGCCCCAGCCCAGGUAUUUAGCCGAAGGCACGGACUGGGACCUCAGCGUCGAUGCAGGACUGACUCACACCCAGUUCCAGGUCCGUCCCGUCCCUCAGCCCUAUCAGCAUUACUUAGCUACACCUCGGAUGCACCAUUUCCCCAGAAGCACAUCCUCGACACAGAUGGUUGUUCACGAAAUCAGAAACUACCCUUACCCUCAGCUUCAGUUACUUGCUCUUCAGGGACUGAACCCAAGCAGGCACACGUCCGCUGUGAGGGAGAGCUACGAAGAGCUGCUGCAGCUGGAGGACAGGCUGGGCAGCGUGAGCCGAGGUGCCGUCCAGAACACCAUUGAGAGGUUCACCUUCCCCCACAAGUACAAGAAGGCUAGGAAGCUGCGGGCCAAAUUUUCAAAAGGGUCUCAACCUUCUCCCACCCAGCGGGUGCAAUUUCCCCCCUGUCCGCACCUGAGAAGACCGCAGGAGGGCAAAGCUGAGCAAGAGGAUGGAGAGGAGUCAGACACUGAUGAGAAAUGCACAAUCUGUCUGUCCAUGCUUGAAGAUGGAGAAGACGUCAGGCGGUUGCCCUGUAUGCAUCUCUUCCACCAAGUGUGCGUGGACCAGUGGCUGGCCACCAGCAAGAAGUGCCCGAUCUGCAGGGUGGACAUUGAAACACAGCUCGGCUCGGACAGCUGA